AUGCUGCUGGCCCCGGCCCCAAGAAAAAACCGCUUCUUCCGAGGGGCUAGGUGCAGCGAGUGUGGCGCUGCGCUAUCACACCAGUACUACGAAAAGGAUGGGCGGCUCUUCUGCAAGAAGGACUACUGGGCCCGCUAUGGCGAGUCGUGCCACGGCUGCUCAGAGCACAUCACCAAGGGGCUGGUCAUGGUGGCCGGGGAGCUCAAGUACCACCCUGAGUGCUUCAUCUGCCUCGCCUGCGGGGCUUUCAUCGGGGAUGGGGACACCUACACGCUGGUGGAGCACUCCAAGCUGUACUGUGGACACUGCUACUAUCAGACCGUGGUGACCCCUGUCAUCGAGCACAUCCUGCCCGACUCCCCUGGCUCCCACCUGCCCCACACGGUCACUCUGGUAUCCAUCCCCGCCUCUGCCCAUGGCAAACGAGGCCUGUCCGUCUCCAUCGACCCCCCUCAUGGACCUCCAGGCUGCAGCUCAGAGCAUUCCCGCACUGUUCGUGUGCAGGGCGUGGACCCAGGCUGCAUGAGCCCAGACGUGAAGAAUUCCAUCCAUGUGGGAGACAGGAUCCUGGAAAUCAACGGCACACCCAUAAGGAACGUGCCACUGGAUGAGAUUGACCUGCUGAUCCAGGAAACCAGCCGCCUGCUCCAGCUGACUCUGGAACACGACCCUCAUGACACACUGGGCCAUGGGCCAGGGUCUGAACCCAGCCCCCUGGGCUCCCCAUUGUACACCCCCAACCAGGAAGCUGGAGGUUCUGCCCGGCAGAAACCUGUGCUGAGAAGCUGCAGCAUCGACACAUCCCCGGGUGCGGGCUCUCUGGCUUCGCCGGCCUCCCAGCGCAAGGACCUGGGUCGCUCAGAGUCCCUCCGUGUGGUCUGCCGGCCGCACCGCAUCUUCCGGCCCUCCGACCUCAUCCAUGGUGAGGUGCUGGGCAAGGGCUGCUUCGGCCAGGCCAUCAAGGUGACUCACCGGGAGACAGGGGAGGUGAUGGUGAUGAAGGAGCUGAUCCGCUUUGAUGAGGAGACGCAGAGGACGUUCCUCAAGGAGGUGAAGGUCAUGCGGUGCCUGGAGCACCCCAACGUUCUCAAGUUCAUUGGGGUGCUGUACAAGGACAAAAGGCUGAACUUCAUCACCGAGUAUAUCAAAGGGGGCACCCUGCGGAGCAUCAUCAAGAGCAUGGACAGCCAGUAUCCGUGGAGCCAGAGGGUGAGCUUUGCCAAGGACAUCGCUGCAGGAAUGGCCUACCUCCACUCCAUGAACAUUAUCCACCGGGACCUCAACUCGCACAACUGCCUCGUUCGAGAGAACAAGAACGUGGUGGUGGCCGACUUCGGGCUGGCUCGCCUCAUGGUCGAUGAGAAACCACAGCCUGAAGACCUGCGCAGCCUCAAGAAGCCAGAUCGCAAAAAGCGCUACACGGUGGUGGGCAACCCAUACUGGAUGGCACCAGAGAUGAUCAAUGGCCGCAGCUAUGAUGAGAAGGUGGACGUGUUUUCCUUUGGAAUUGUCCUGUGUGAGAUCAUCGGACGGGUGAACGCAGACCCUGACUACCUGCCACGCACCAUGGACUUUGGCCUCAACGUGCGGGGCUUUCUGGACCGUUACUGUCCCCCCAGCUGUCCCCCCAGCUUCUUCCCCAUUGCUGUGCACUGCUGCGACCUGGAUCCUGAGAAGAGGCCCUCCUUCAUGAAGCUGCAGCAGUGGCUGGAGUCGCUCCGCAUGCACGUGGCCGGCCACCUGCCACUGGGCCCACAGCUGGAGCAGCUGGAGAGGGGCUUCUGGGAGACGUACCGGCGAGGCGAGAGCGGCCUGCCCGCCCACCCCGAGGUCCCCGACUGAGCCCAGCCAGACGCCGCCCCAACCCCACCCCAGCACCCACCCACACCAGACUCCCUUCCACUCCGUCGCCAGGCACAGGGCAGCAGCACUCAACCUGUCUCCAGAGCCAAGCCUGGCACAGCAGCGCCCCCUGCAGACCGUGCCCCUGCCCUCUCUGCCCAGGCCCCAGGGCUGUGCACACCCCACCUUGCCCUACCUUACCUCUGCCUCGGUGGGGCCAGCCCUCACUCACUUCUCCUUGCAUGAGCUGGGCGCCCAGGGAGUUGUGCCACACACACACA